UCACAAUGGCGGGUAAAGGCAGAUUCCGAAUUCCGACCGCGGCUGAAAUGCAAACACUUGAAAGUCACGAUCCAAAAGUGGAGUCAUUAUUCAAACGGAAGGUACCCACAGUGACUCAAGCCUCUGAGCGCAAAAAAAUAAACCAAUUUGAGUCAAAUCAAGGCGGUAGUUUACCAAAGGUGCCAAUGCGUGAAACGUCAGGUGACUUAUUAAAGGGGAAAGACACCAGUAAUAGCGGUGCUACUGCUCAUGCAACAGUGAACAACAAGUCGUCUGAGAUUGGUCAGUCAAAAAGUAACAUUGACAAUUCUGACGCCAAGCAAUGUGAGUCAGUCCUUCGUAAAGAUGCAGUUUUACAGCCUAUUGCUAAAUCCACGAAAUCAAACUGUAUUCUUGUGAAUCCGAGACAGCGUGGGAAUCCAAUUAUAAAACACGUUCGAAAUAUUCCGUGGGAAUUUGGUGACACUCCUGCUGAUUACGAAGUGGGUAAGGCUGCCUGCGCGCUUUAUUUGAGUGUGCGCUACCACCAACUUAAUCCUGAAUACAUUCACGAACGCCUGAAAAAACUGGGGCGGAGUUACGAUUUGCGUGUGCUGUUAGUGCAGGUGGACGUGAAAGAUCCUCACCAUGCGCUGAAAGAACUUGCCAAGAUCUGUAUUCUUGCAGACUGUACCCUUAUUUUGGCAUUCAGCACAGAAGAGGCAGGGCGUUAUCUGGAAACAUAUAAAAUUUACGAGAACAAACCGCCAGAUGCUGUCAUGGAGAAAAGUGAGCAGAACUUUUUGGCAAAAUUUACAGACUGCCUUACAUCUGUGAAAUCUGUGAACAAAACUGAUUGUAUGACACUGUUGACAAGCUUCGGAAGUUUUGAGAAAGUGUCGAAGGCUUCUGUUGAAGAUUUGACUCUUUGCCCUGGAAUUGGUCCCCAAAAAGCUCAGAGACUUUCUAAUGUUCUUCACGAACCAUUCCUCAAAGAACGACGACGAAAAACAGAAAACCUUACAGAAAAACAAAAAAGUGAUGAACCUGAGGAAGAGAUUUCUAUAUCUGCUGUCCAGAGUGCUAGCAAAUCAUGAUGAAAACAAUUCAUUAUAUUUUAUUCAUUUAAAUUUGAUACUCCAUUAAUUCUCACAUUCAAGAACUGACAUUUAAAAUAUUAUCAUAUAUCAAUACAUUUAAAUAACUUUUAUAAUAUUGUAACAUAUGUAAAUUAUGGAUAAA